AUGCUGACAUUAGAAGCUUACCAACUCCAGAUCGCCGAACGUCAGGCCGAACUCAAAAAGCUACUUGAAUUCAGAGAUAUGGCUCAGAGUAUGGGCGAUGAACUAGCAGCACUCCAACAUAAACUAGACACUAUGGAAGAUGGAGCCAAAGGUGUAGCACUUGUGCUUAGCAAUUGGCACAACGUCACUAGAGCCAUCUCACUUGCUUCUUUAAGCUUAUCGCGAUAUUCAGAAAAGGACUAUGUCGAGGGUCAUCCUGUGCCCGAACGGUUGGUUAGAAUCCGCUUAGACAAAGACUCAGACGAAACAACAACAUAG